AUGUUACUGAUUCUGCAGUUUCUGUCGCGCAAACACUGGCUCCACGUGUCGUCCAAGAACAACCCGGCCGACUGCGCGUCCCGGGGAAUCACGCCGCUUGAGCUGCUGAUGCACCCCCUGUUUUACGGCCCCAGCUGGCUGAAAGAGAUCAAGAAUUACUGGCGCAUUGAACCACUGGGCGAGAUCGAAGAGGAUGAGCUGCUGGAGAUGCGAACUACGAUCCCCUGUCCCUCUCGGGCUCGUCGCACCAACGCGCCCAAACUGGAAGGACCGCUGACGCCAAAGAAGAUCAACGACGCUUGCUUGCAACUGGCGCGAGCAGCUCAACACGACAGCUUCCAGACGGAAAUCGAUUGCCUGGUCAAGAAUGCACCGCUUCCAAGCAACAGCAAGCUCAAGGCUUUGUUUCCGUUCGUCGACGCAGAUGGCACUCUGCGGGUUGGUGGCCGACUCCAGAACUCCAACCAGCCGUACGACGUGCGCCAUCCUAUGAUCAUCCCGAAAGAGCAUCGGUACACGAACUUGCUGCUGUCAGAAGUCCACCUUCGCAACCUGCACGCAGGACCAACUCUGAUGAUCGCCACACUCAACCAAAGAUAUUGGAUCGUUGGCUGCCAAACGGUGGUGCGUGGCUACGUUGCGAACUGCACGCGCUGCUGCAGAAUGAAGGCGAAAACCGCGACGCAGCUGAUGGGAAGCCUGCCUUCCGUAUGGACGAACCCGGCUCGUCCUUUCGUGCACUGCGGUGUGGACUUCGCGGGUCCAUUCCUCGUACGCACCUCCAACCUUCGAACGGCCAAGACAGUGAAGGGUUACGUCGCUGUCUUCGUUUGCCUCGCGACUAAGGCAGUGCACCUAGAAACCGUUUCCGACCUGUCCACGAGCGCGUUCUUGACCGCCCUCAAGCGCAUGUUCGUCCGUCGUGGGAUAAGCAGCGAGAUCUGGUCCGACCACAGAACCAACUUCGUGGACGCGAACCGACGCAUCCGAGAGCACCUGCAGUCACCUGAGUUCAACGGAGCUGUCAACCAGUACCUGUCGGACCACAAGGUGAAGUGGACGUUCAUCACUCCAUCCGCCCCCCACAUGGGAGGAAUCUGGGAAGCGGCGGUGAAGAGUAUGAAGAAGCACCUCCAAGUGGUGCUCGGGAACACGGCGCUGACCAGCACCAUCGUCUGGGUUGAGGUCAAGUUUCGCAAAGCUAUCAUAAUCAACAAACAGUCCAGAAACAACGAAUCUUCGAUGGUGAACGUUAAUCUGCUGAACGAUGUUCUUAUGGACACUAAGUUGGAAGUCGGAGUGCGGGUCAUGGUCAAAACGCCUUCUGUGGUCGUUCUCAAGCCGAUGAAGAUUCGAACUAGUCUUUCCGCCGUCGCAACCGAUGCAGGUGUUUACUGA